UGCCACCUGUCGUCAGGUGUAGGUAUCUAUGUAUCAGCUCUUUGUAGGUGAACGAGCUACACACAUAUCUGCCCCUGUAACGCAACCAAACAAUGAACCGUCAGACUAAUGUCCCGUUCAGCUCUUCAACAAUAGGAGCUGCUCCAGUGUACAAACAGCUGCCUGGAAGAGUACCCAAAGACUUCAUUGAGGCUAUGAAACGCCUCCCAGUGAAGCCAGCAGACAGCUCAAACUUCAGGACAGCUGACAUGGCUGUUAAGACACUACCAACUCGGAAACGUGCAGCACCUUCUACUAGUAAAUGGAAGUCUUCAUUCAAACCAGUUGGAGAUGAAGAUGACGACUCUCAGGACAAAAGCGCAACCGGUUCAGAGAAGGCUGAGCUUUACGACCCUUACGAUCCCGGCUCCUCAGACUCAGAGCUGGAGAUGGGACACAGCAAAGAGAAAAGCAGUCACCUGUCAUCUGGUCAGGAUAACAACCAGGGACGCAAACGUAGCCGCUGGGACUGCGAGCCAGGGAGCCAACUCCUUGAAAGACGUGACUUUAGCGCUGAAACCAGACCCGGCGAGAAUCGAGGUCUCGGUUCAGGUCACAGAAUGCCUGAACGACAAGCUUAUAGCUCAGACACUGAAUCGCUUGACAGACCGGCAUACGGCUCCAGAAGUAGACCUUUGGACCACAGGGUCUGCAGCCCUGACAGGAUUGUUCACAUCUCCUCUACCCAACAGUUUCCUGCGUCUUAUGGGGGACAGAAGACCAACGGGAUAACAGUGGUAGAACACAGGAGAGAGACAACCACUUCUGUUAGAUUAUCCCCACCCAAGAUACAGCGAGAUUAUCAACAUCAGUCGGGGUUUGCGGAAACAGCUCUGGACCAAAUCAAGCCUGCCACAGAGGUGGCAAGAAAAAGAAACAAAACUGUGAUAAUGGACAGCAGCCCCAUCACCUGUGACCUUUGUGACGUUGAGCUGGCCAAUGGGCAGGAGCUGGAGGAUCACCUGGACAGCAACAGCCACUGGGCGACACUGGAGCACAUUCAACAGAGGAAUAAUUACGAUGAUAUGGCGAUAGCUUUCCUGCAGGAGGUCAUGCUGUAUAAAAGCCGUCAGUGUAGUCGAGCCAUAGAGGACUGUGCUCUUCAAGCUCUACAGGAAAAUGACCACAUGACAAAGGUGGAAAUGUUCCACUGUGCAGCUUGCAGCGUCUUUGUUUCCACAUCUGCAUCCUCAGUGCAGACUCACAUUACCUCCCAGGAACACCUCUCCAACACAAAGGAGUUUGAAGUGCAGCAGAAACGUAACUGCCUCAGCAAAGCAGAGACCAUAAUGAAGGAGCUGAGGCCUCAGUUUGAACACUUCAUGAAGGGUGACAGCCCAUUUGAGUGACGGGAACCACUGAAAGUCUUCAAAACACUGUUUACACUGAGAUGCUGUUUGCUCUAGAUGAGGGAUGAUGGACUUCCGACAACAGCUCACUUUGAAUCACAUCCACAAACAUAAUGCAUCAGCUCAGUUACUGUGCAGCAUAUUGCUCAGAGAACAUAGUGU